AUGGCUAAUGGAGUCUGUGAUUGGGCCUGCAUGAACUUCUUUUGCCAAUAUGACGGUGGAGAUUGCUGAGAUUCAUCAUGUAGCCCUGGAUGCAAUGGGGGUUUAUUGGUAAACUAUCAGUGCGAUCCCGAAUGUAAUACAGUUAGCUGCUUUUAUGAUAACGGUGACUGUUUAUGUGCUCCAGGAUGCUAUCCAGACCUAUUAGAAAACUCAAAAUGUGAUUCUGCGUGCUCAGCUAAGUCCUGCAACUAUGAUAAUCAUUCAUGUGGAGAUUGCGCUAUUAAUUGUUUUAAUACUAUGAUAAAUGAUGGAGUUUGCAAUGUCGAAUGCAAUAAUGAAGCCUGUGGAUUUGACGGAAAUGACUGCAAGUCAUGCGCUUCAGGCUGCCUUCUAUCCGAACUUGGGCGUUGCAAGCCAGAGUGUCUUGUUUUAGAUUGUGAUUUUGACCCUCUCUGCUCAAAUAUGUCAAUCUUGAGAGCAUCGAAUUAUGCUCAAAUUGCUAUGCUCGACUUUAAUUACCCAGUCAAUUCUCCUAACUCUUGUUAUAAAAAUCAUGGCUGCGAAUUAGAUUACAAUCUUUUUAAUUUUGUUUGCAAUAGCUCCUGUAAUUAUGAAGACUGCUUUUAUCACUAUUUUCAAUGCUAUUGGCCACUUUGCAAUGAUCCAAAAUGCUUAUUAUGUGUCUCUGUAAACCCAAAAUUGUGCAUUUACUGUAAUAGCAUACAGCUUUAUGGAUAUUGUGUAGACAGUUGACCAUAAUAACAAAAUGUCAACAUUUGGAAAUGGCUAUCUCUAGACACACUUGUCCAAGAUAUUUUACACUUUAUGCUUAUUCAAAACUCCAAACGCUAAUGUGUGUCCCAGUUGCUGAUGGAAGUACUGCAGAAGUCCAAGACGAGAGUUUUAUAAGUGCUGACAACGUUGCUCAAGGAGAUGGCUCAAUUGAAUAUCCUUAUAAUUCGCUGUCUUAUGGGCUGUCACAAUUAGCAUGGAAAUAUUCAGUUGUUUACUUAAUGAAAGGUACACAUAAUUUAACGUUGGUUGUGGAUGAUGACUAUUUAUAUGAUGCAACUGCUUCUAGACCUUUAUACCGGAAAACAAAUAAGCUGAUUAAAAUUACUGUAAAACCUUUAUAUUGCUCAAUUUAUAAUCAUACUGGAUGUUUAGAUGAUGAUGAGAAAGUCACUCUUGUAGUCGAUACUAACCCAAUAACACUUGACGUUUUAACUGAUGUAACUUUCGAAAACAUCAUAUUUGAUGGGAGCACAAAGUUUAGUCCUUAUUGUUCUGACUGUGAUUAUUGUAAGAAAACAACUGAGAGUGGUGGAGAAAUUUAUGAUGAUCAUGGGAAUACUUUAGAUUCUAAUUCUUAUGUCCCUCAAUCUACUUGUGAUAAAUUUCAAAGCACCAACUUCUUUAUAAUUGGAUCAAAUGCAAUUUUACAUUUAAAUGUAAUUUUUAUUUUAGAAUGUUGAGAUUAAGAACUUCAGACAACAAUACAACUCAAUUAUUACUCUAAAUGGAGGAAUUUUGAAUAUGAAUUCAGUAGAUUUUUACAAUAUCAUGAGCAAACCACAAAGUGGAAUCAUUUUAUCAAAUUCUUGCAACUCAAAUUAUUGUGGAGAGAUACAUUUUAAAAAUAGUUCGGUUUCUUCGCUUAACAAUGGAUAUGAAAUUAAUGAUGAUAUCGACUUAUCUGGAUUUAUGGUGCUCAACAAAAUAAAUUAUGUAGAAAUGGAUAAUAUUACGUUUGAGAAUAAUUUGGUGAACAAUAUUGAUCCUGAAGAUUCUUAUCUUAUCUUAUAAAAAUUUAUACGCUUAACGUCCACUACGGGGAUGACAACCCCCAGGUACAGCCACUCGCCUCCGUCGCAUCGGCUUUGAUCACCAAGGUGCUUCUCGGGAAAGUGUUCCGGCUUCGACGGCUCAUGAAUGAGCUACUUGCUUGUUACAUGGGUUGCUUUUUCCGAAAAACCCAAAAAAUGGAUUUUUCUGAACAGCUGUCGGCAAAAAGGAAAAGCACGUAGCCUGGGACGUAACGCCCAGUUUCACGCAAGGGAGUUGCCCGAUUGGUCCUAACGGACUCUGCUGAGCUUCCCCUUUCCAACUCCGUGCCCUCCUUCCCCACGAGGAAAAAUCCACCCUGAGAAUAGGCUCUGCACACAACCAGAAUUGCUUACCUAUAGCAUUGCCGUCCAUCUCUAGAAUGGUAAAACCUUGCCGGAUAUAAUUAAAAUAUGAGUCGAGGCUGCAUGGCCGGGAGGCCAUGCCCAGACGAAGAUGCCAUAUUUUAAUUAUGAUCCUGAAGAUUCAACAAAGGGAAUGUUCACUCUCCACCAAAUUUUGAAUUUAACUCUCUUAAAUUUAGUAUUACAAUACAAUUUUAAUUAUGAUACUUUUUUCUAUAUCAAUCAGUAUCAAAUGGACAUGCCUCAAAUAAUCGAUAGCAAUAAGAAGCCGAUAUAUGAAAAUUUAAUUAACAUUCGAUUCGAAAAUCUGCUUUUCAAAAAUAACAGCUCUAUCAAGAUAUUAGCUUUAAUAGCUCAAUAUAAUAACGAUCUCCAAAAUAUCUUAAUAAAUAACUGCACAUUUCUUAACAACUUCUCUGAAGAUGAUGGGAUUAUUAGCAUCUCAUAUAAAGGAAAUCUGAAUAAAGAGUUCAUCAGUGGAGAUUCAAGAGUCAUUACAUUAGACUCUGGUAAAAAAAUAAUAGUAGAUUUUCCUCCCAGGAACAUAUAGGCAUAUCCUGUAAAUAGCCCGAUAUGGGCUAAGGAUAGAAGCCAAAACUUCCCACUCGGUUCGGCCAAAAUGGAUUGGUCGAACCAAUGGGGAAGUUUUUGACUUCCAUCCUCAGCCCAUAUCGUGCAAUUUGCAGGAUAUGCCUAUAACUUUGAAGGACUUGGAUUUCAUAAAAAACACAUUUGGAGGAUCACAAAUUUCUCUAUACAAUCUACCGAAUCUUUAUAUUAUGAAUUCGAAUUGAAAUGAGAAUGGGGACAAUCUAAACGAAGACGCAAACACUGUGACUAUCAAUUAUCUCAAAAGUUUGAGUAAUCUUUAUAUAAACAGCACCCUAUCGUAUAAUUUCCCUAGCUGUUCAUCGGUUAUAGCAACAACAAAUUCAAACAAUUUUAUUUUUGAUUACAAUACAAUUUAUGGUAGUUAUUGCACUAGCAAUAAUGCAGGACUAGUCUUAUCAAGCUGUAUAAAUGAAACAUUAGUUCAAAAUUCUGUGUUUUCUGAGAAUAAAUCAAGCGGGAAUUCUAUUGCUUUGGAGGCAAUUAUGUCCUCUGCACUUUUGUUAAAGAAUUUGACAUUUGAAAAUAAUUAUUUUUAUAACAGUGUUGGCACGUCAGUUGUAAAAUUGAGCUCUUUAGCUUCUAUAAGUGAUUUUAAGCUGGUUAACUGUAGCUUUCUUGGUGGUGAAACUUCUAUAUAUGCAAACUCUGUCCAAAACAUCAUGCUAGAAAACUGCACUGUUGAUUCAGUAUCCAACUCUCUUUACAGUACUCUAGUUUUCUUACUCCCCCCUCUGUGAGUGAACAAAAAAAUUUUGUUCACUCGGGGGUUAAUUUAAUUUUUUUUAAAAAAAUUAUAUAGAAAUUUUAUAGAAAAUUGUUUUUUGAAAUUUAAAAAAAUCCUAAUUCGCAAAAAUUGGAAAGUAAAUAUUAAUUUAAUUUAUAAAUUUUAUGUUUUAAAGAGCAAUUUGUUUAAAAUUAAACAGAAUUAGCUCUAGAUUUCAUUAUACUAAUUAUCACUUAUAUAUCAAAAUUUUUUCCAUAAAAAAAUUUUUGUUAGCUCACAGAGGGUGGGUUUUUGGGCAAAAAAUAGAGAUUUUUCUAAUGGUUUUUGUUCACUUACGGAGGUGGGGAGUUAGGGAAAGAAAAAAUUAAGUCAACUAUUUCGCUGAAAAAUUGCGAAAUAAAAAAUAAUAGUCCAAAGCUGGUGCAUGUCUCUAUUUCUUCGUCUGAAACUAAAUCAAUAUAAAUAAAAUGGCAUUCCGUUUGAGAGUAAUAUAUGGAGUUUUAUUGGUUUUAUCUUGAGAACUUCUGCACAGCAAUAAAGGUUUAGCUUCUAGUUGUAGAGGGCGAGGAAGUUGCUCCAAGUGCAUUCAAGAGAUUUGUGGUUUUUCACUCUGCACGCCUGAGGAAGGUGACAGGCGGAAUAGGUGCAGAAGCUAGUCAGGCAAGGACGAGACUAGGUAGCAGCUUUGGCAGCUGGUUCAGCUGUUUGUUUUUUUAGAAAUGGGGCCAUAUGAAGUAUAGGCCAUUUGGUGCCGAAACAUAGUUUCAUAAAGGGCUGUUAAGCUCUACUGUGCUGGAGACUUUAAAUAUUAAUAAUAAGAAAACUCAAUCAACUGUUUUGGUGAGCAUAAGUGGAAUGACUGUUUCAAACAACAAGGGAGGAAAAUAUAUAAUUUUUAUUGAUAAAUCAAUUAACUUAGAUUCAUCAAGCCAAAUUAUUCAUUCAACCUUCAUCAAUAAUAAAGCGACUUCAAUAUAUGCAAGGAUGAUAUCUGGGAUACUUUCUAUCAACUCAUGCAUUUUUGAUUCAAAUUCUGCUAGCUACGCUACAAUUUUAAACCUAGACCACCCAGCCCCUGCUGAAACACAUUUUUCAAAUAGCAAAAUAAUUUCAAACAGAGGCGACAAUAUUUUAUAUAUAAAUGGAAAUUCUGAUGUUACCCAUUUAUACACCUCAUAUCUAUACUUUUAUAAUAAUACCUAUAAUGCUAUUAUCAUAGCUAAAGGCAACUGAAUUGAUGAAUAUUCAUAUUUUUAUAAAAAUUCAGCUACAAAGGGAGGAGCUGUAAUUAUUAAAGAUGAGUCUUAAACUUAAAUUAUUUAGAAUCGUCUAGAUCUGCAAGAGAUUACAAGCUGCACCCUAAUAGGAGUUAAACUGCUGAUGCCACAGGAAAUUUCCUAUGCCACUUCUAAGUAAAUAGAGGUAAAUGUCUAUAACUUCUACCAGCCUCACAGGUAGUGUUGCCUCUCUCAUCUUAUCUUCUGAGCUGGCAUGGCAAUGCAAACUGAACCCUAUAAAUAAAUUCCAUGAGGGAAAGAAAUUCGCAGAACUAAUAUCACUCGAGCCAAAUGCCGUUUUAUUUAUAUUAAUAUGAGUCAAUUGUUAAUUUAGAAAGCACAGCUUUUAAAGAAAACUCAGCAACCUCUGAUGGAGGAGCUAUAUAUAUUUCAGGUUCUUCAAAUAUAACCUGCAAUAAUUGUACUAUUGUUGAAAACACUUCAAAAAUCGAUGGUGGAGGACUUGCAGUGGACCAGAGUUCUAUUUUUAUCUUCAACAAUUCCGUAUUUUCCGAAAAUAAAUGCGACUAUAGAGGAUCAGCUGUUUCAAUUCUAAAUUCAGAUAAAUCCUAUUCUUAUCUAAUCAAUACAGAAAUUUCGCAUAACGGUGCUGGCUCUUUUGCAUCAAUUUUAUCAGAUAGUAGUCUCAUUUCAUUACAAAACUGUUCAGUUUUAAAUAAUUCAGGUAAUACAAACCCUGGCAUUUUUAUGAUUUAUUCUGCAUGCAACAUUUCUGAUUCCUCAUUUUCAAACCAUACAGGGACCAGUGGGAGUGAUCUGUCUAUUAAUAUUGAUUCAAGCUUAUUUGUAUAUAACACUUAUUUCCAAAAUUCUCUCGCAACCAGCUCUGCAGGAAGCAUCUCUAUCACAGACAGCUCUUUAAUAUGUGAAAAAUGCAGCUUUAAAAAUACAAUGUCACCAGUAGGAGGGACGCUUCAGUGCACUUCUGGAAGCAGCUGCAAAAUAAUAAAUUCCUCUAUUUUAAGAAGCUAUGCCUCAAUCACAGGAGGCGUGAUUUAUAUAUUUGACAGCACUUUGAGCAUCAUUAAUACUAAAUUUCAAAAUUACGAAGGCUCUGCAAUUGAUUCAAGCAAGUCCCUGACUAUUGAAAUCCUUGAUUCUACUUUUCAAGAUGGAGUUAAUGCCAAUGGUGCAGCAAUAAACUGUUUAGACUGUAAAAAUGUUACAAUAGUCCGAUCAGAUUUCAAAAAUUUAACAGCGACUUAUGGAGCUGGAAUUAAAUUUGGCCACACAACUGCGAUUUCAUCAAACUAUGUCGCUAAGAUUGAAAGCUCUAUUUUUGAAAAUUGUCAAGCACUAUAUGGAGGGGCUAUUUAUUCGAAUAAUAUCAAUAUAGAAAUUAAUGACUGCAAGUUUAUAAAUAACUCAGCAAUUGGUUUAAAUCAAAACAACCAGUGCAAUGAAGGUGAAGGUGGGGCUUUGUAUUUAACAUCUACAGUACAAAUCUCAGCUUUUAUUGGGAAAUCGAUUUUUACUGAUAAUAGUGCCUGCUUAAGUGGUGGCGCAAUACAAUGAUAUUUGUCCCAGCCAAUAAUAUCCAACUUGUCAUUUUUGGAUAAUUCUGCAUUAUAUGGAGAUGAUUUGGCUUCAUUCCCUCUCAGUUUAAAAGUUUUAAGUUAUAGAAGAAGACUUGAUGUACAAGUGCCAUCAGCUCCAGGACAGUAUUUAUCGAGUCCCUUAAUUGUAGGUAUAAUAGAUCAUUAUGGUCAAACAGUUCUGACAGAAAGCACAAGUACAUGCCAGCUAGAGGUUACUGAUAGCUCUAAUUAUUCUUUAUCAGGAAAAAUCAAAGUGCAAGCAUCAUCAGGAAUUUAUAAUUUUAGCGAAAUUAUUAUAACUGGAGAUCCAGGAAGUACUGUAGGGUUUUCAUUUACUUCAUCAAUUGUUUCAAGUAGCUUAUCAGAUUCUUCGCUCUAUUUCAAACUAAGAGAAUGUGAGAUUGGUGAGGCUUUAGCGACUAAAAGUUGCCAGAUUUGUGCCUAUGGAACCUAUAAUCUUGCCGCAGGCGAUCCCUGCAAAGAUUGCCCGGCAUCUGCUAAAUGUUAUGGAAAAAAUAAUAUUUUCCCUAAACAAGGCUAUUGGAGAGUAAAUAAUUUGACUGAUAAUUUCUUUAAAUGCCCCAAUUCAGAUGCAUGCUUAGGUGGAAUUGAUACCAAUAACUCAAUUGGGGCUUGUAAAAAAGGCUAUUAUGGAAACCUAUGCCAAUCUUGUGAAAAUGGCUACUCAAGAAAUGGCGAAAAUGUAUGCUCAGAAUGCCCGAAUCCAACUACAAACUCUUUAAUUAUGCUUGGAAUGACUGCUCUAGCUCUAAUUAUUGUUCUUAUUAUGACAAGAUCUUCUUUUAAGCUGGCAUAUAAGACAAAAUCACUUACCUCAGUUUAUUUCAAAAUUUUUAUGAAUUAUAUGCAGCUUGUGGUCAUUACAGCUUCGUUUAAUUUAAAUUGGCCUCAGCUUGCUCUUGAAUUAUUUUCAAUUCAAAAUUCUGCUGGAAGUGUAACUGAUCAGAUAUUUUCAGUUGAUUGCUAUUUGCAAGGACAAAGUUCAAAACCAUUUUUUUCAAAAUUGAUGUUUAUGGCUUUAUUGCCUUUACUUUUGGCUAUCUUAACUAUGAUUUUUUGGGCAUGCUUUUAUUUUUGCUCCAAAAACAAAUUGUAUCUUAAAAAUAAAUUUAUAGGAUCUUUAGUAGUCCAGCUCUUUUUAAUACAACCUUCACUUGUCAAAUACAAUUUUUCAAAUUUUAACUGCAUGGAAAUAGAAUCUGGCUCCUAUUAUCUUGUAUCUGACUUAGAAAUUAAGUGCUGAAAUUACGAACAUACCCUUUAUUCUCUGAUAGUUGCGCUUCCAAGUAUUUUGGUUUGAUGCAUUGCUGUUCCUGCAGUAUGCCUAUGGUAUAUACACUUGCGGAGAGACCACUUAAAUACUAUAGAGCUAAAACUGCAAUUUGGCUUUCUAUAUCUCGGCUUCAGAGAUGAAAAUUAUUAUUGGGAAUUUUCAAUCCUCUAUAGAAAAAUUCUUAUUAUCUGCUGCUCAGUUUUUCUUGGGUCUGCAUCAAUUCGAAUUCAAGCCCUGACUGUUUUCUUUAUGCUCAUUAUAUGCUUCUUCUUUCACAGAAAAAUUCAUCCUUAUCGCACAAAACAGCUUAAUGCAUUAGAGACAAAGUCUAUUUUGGUGUCAGGGAUUACUAUUUAUUGUGGCUUAUAUUAUUUAACAGAUGAACUAGCAUACUCAACAAGUUUAGUUCUUUUUAUUAUAAUUAUUGCAGUUAAUUUUUAUUUUUUAGGUCAUUGGAUUUCAAGUAUGACUGGGAUUGGACUCUGAAUUUUGUAUUCAAAAAUCAGGUGGUGUAGAAUUUUGAUGGGUGGAACAAGAAUGGAAACCUUGGUCAAAAAUCUUUCUUCUAUUGAUUUAGGUGAAAAAGAGGCAGAUUUAGAAAAAAAUGAUAUUUCAAGGGAUAGUCAAAAAAAGGAAGACUUAGUGAGCUGGAGAAAAUUAAAAAUAAAAGAAAUUAAUAAUACUCCGGAAAUGUCAGCUGCUAGAAGUAGCGCGGAAUGUGAUAUCAAUCCCGAUAAUAGCAUUACAUUUUUAAAAGAAGCAGAAGACCCAUCGUUUUUUGUGCUUGUUCCACAUCCUACAGUAAAAGAGCUUGAAAAAGAAAUGGAGGAUUAA